GAAGAAGAAGAACGUCUUCCUCCGGCCUGUGACCAGCGGGCAGUUGUCUUGAACGCACUGAAGUCAGAUGACGGAGAUUUCGAGUUCCAAGUUGUCUUGAAAGUGACAUAAAGACCAAAUCACGGAGGACGUGUGUCAAGCUAAAUGAACAUCUUCCUGCCCGGCUAGAGCAGUGCCCCUGGUCUCUGGUAUACAGCACCCAGAGACACGGCACCAGCCUGGGCACUCUGUACAAGAGCAUGGGGGGCAUGGACUGCAGCACCAGUACCCUCACUGUCAUCAGAGACAACUGUGGACAGGUGUUUGGUGCAUUUUGUCCCACUACUCUUCGAAUCAGUCUGUCAUACUAUGGAACAGGACACACAUUCCUCUUCUCCUUCUCUCCACAACUCCAGGUUUAUGAAUGGAAGUUUAGUAACUCCUUCUUUGUGAAGGGAAGUCCAGACUACCUGGCAUUUGGUGGAGGAGGGGGUCUCUUUGGCCUGUGGUUAGAUGAUGGCCUGAUCCGUGGGCAGAGCCAGAGGUGUGACACAUUUGACAAUGACGUGUUGUCCUCCUCUGACGACUUCCUAAUCAACGACCUGGAGGUUUGGGCCAUCUCCUGAGACAAGGGACUGCAUGCUACUGCUUACUUAAACAUUAUACAACGAUUGUGACAGUGGAUGGAAUUGAAAAUGACUGCACCUCUCAUCUGAGGAUCCAAAGCGUGGCUCCCUGUGCAAGGUGAUUCAACUCCAUCACCUCAAUUUUUUCCAUUACAAACAGAUAAGGCCCCUAACUCACCAGCUUCAGAAGCAUUGGGAAAACAGAAAUAGAGUACUACUGGCCUCUGGUGUUCAAUGAUUUAGACCGUGUGUAAUAAUCACGCCUCUCUGUUGGCCUUAUUUUCUGCUUGGUAUGUCUGUAUCAUUCAGUGGAGAUCUGGAUUACUUCAGAAAUACUCUGCUGGGAGUUAAACAAUUAAAGGACAGUCAGAUUAGCACAGCUGACUGGUCAAUCUCAAUCAAUAACACAUGAUGAGGGAAGUUGUCUUUAUAGGCAAAGUGCCCAGUGACCGUUGAUUUACAACUCUAGAGGGCGCCCUUGUCACAGAGCUCCUUUCUAUCUCGCUCUCUUUCUAUACAUUACCUUCAGAAAGUAUUUACACCCUUUGACUUUUUCCACAUUUUGUUGUGUUACAGCCUGAAUUAAAAAUGUAUAAAAAUAUAUUUAAAAAAUUGUCACCGGCCUACAUACAAUACCGCAUAAUGUCAAAGUGCAAUUAUGUUUUUUGAUUUCUUUUGACAAAUUACUUACAAAUGUAAAGCUGAAAUGUCUUGAGUCAAUAGGUAUUCAAGCCUUUUGUUACGGCAAGCCUAAAUAAGUUCAAGAGUAAAAAUGUGCUUAACAAGCCACAUAAUAAGUUGCAUGGAGUCUCUCUGUGUGCAAUAAUAGUGUUUAACAACCUUUUUUGAAUGACUACCUCAUCUCUGUACCCCACCUAUACUAUUAUCUGUAAGGUCCCUCAAACGAGCAGUGAAUUUCAAACACAGAUUCAACCACAAAGACCAGGUAUUAGUAGAUGGUAUUAGUAGAUGGUAUUUUAAACAGACAUUGAAUAAUAUUUUGAGCACGUGUCAAACUCGUUCCACUGAGAAUUGAGUGUCUGCGGGUUUUCGAUCCUCUCUUGUCUAGGUUUCAAUUUAAAACAAAAACCAGCAGACACUAGGCCCUCCAUGGAAUGAGUUUGACACCCCUACCUUUGAGUGAGGUGAAGUUAUUAAUUACAUUUUGAAUGGUGUAUUAAUACACCCAGUCACUACAAAGAUACAGCAGUCCUUCCUAACUCAGAUGCCGGAGAGGAAGGAAACCGGUCAGGGAUUUCACCAUGAGUCCAAUGGUGACUUUAAAACAGUUACAGAGUUGAAUGGCUGUGAUAGGAGAACAUGGAGGAUGGUUUAACAACAUUGUACUCCACAAUACUAACCUAACUGACAGAGUGAAAAGAAGGAAGCCUGUACAGAAUAAAAAAUAUUCCAAAACAUGUAUGUUGUUUGCAACAAGGCACUAAAUUAAUACUGCAAAAAUUGUGCAAAAGCAUGUUGUGGUUAAUUUCUUUACUCUCAAAUGAGUAGACAAACUUAUCACACAAGUCAGAGUUAUACUUAAACUAAAUCUUUAUUCACUUAUUAAUAAGGGAGCAGGUCAAUACUACACACAUAAAGUGAAUCGAUUGAGAGCUCUACGAUAAUGAUGGCUGUACGACGAAUCACCCUCAGAUGAUUCGUUGAGAGCCACGAGACAAAUGUACAAAGGUAUUUUAUAGCCAAGAUACACCCCCUUCAGUCUACAUGACAAACAACAGAUGUAUGGAAUGGGUCACAGGGUUAAGAUUUGAAUGAAAGAUACUUAUAAUUCACAUCAGACAAUAUCUGCUGUAAAAACUGUUCUCAUUGUGUAUAAACCAGGUUCUGGCCCUGGAGUCAUCGCUCUCUCUGGUACCUUAUAAAACAGAAACAUUAACUCAUGCUCUGGAAUGCAUAUUACCCAAAGACAUCGUAAAUCUCCUGUCAGUGUUAAAUCUCCCAGAGGCCCACUUUCAGUUCACACAGACACAAUAUAGUUAUAAGAACCCUCUUCUGUUGCAUAAAACAACCAUUUGAUGGAAUAAAAGUAUUAUAACAUUCUUGUAAUUGCUCUCACAGGCAAUUCACUUUUUGCCCUGAAUACAAGAUGUUAUGUUUGGAGCAAUCCAAUGCAACACAUUACUGAGUACCAGUCUCUAUAUUUUCAAGCAUAGUGGUGGCUGCAUCAUGUUAUGGGUAUGAUUGUAAUCGUUGAGGACUGGGGAGCUUUUCAUGAUAAAGAAACAGAAUGGAGCCAAGCACAGACAAAAUCCUAGAGGAAAACCUGGUUCAGUCUGCUUUCCACCAGACACUGGGAGAUUAAUUCACCUUUUAAGCAGGACAAUACCCUAAAACACAAGGCUAAUUCUACACUGGAGUUGCUUACCAAGAAGACAGUGAAUGUUCCUGAGUGGUUGACGCAGAUUUAAGUAAAAACUAUGGCAAGACCUGAAAAUGGAUGUCUAGCAAUGAUCAACAACCAGGGCUUGAAGAAUUUGGAAAAGAAUAAUGGGCAAAUGUUGCACAAUCCAUGUGUGGAAAGCUCUUAGACUUACCCAGAGACUCAUAGCUGUAAUCGCUGCCAAAAGUGGUUCUAACAUGUAUUGACUCAGGGGCUUGAAUACUUAUCUAAUCAAGACAUAUUUGUGUUAUAUUACAAAAAAUAUAUAUUUUUAUAAAUGUUAAAAUUUGAAUUAAAUCCAUUUUAAUCCCACUUUGUAACAUAACAACAUGUGGAAAAGUCAAGGGGUGUGAAUACUUUCUGAAGGUACUAAACAGUGCAUUCGGAAAGUUUCCAGACCCUUUCACUUUUUCCACAUUUUGUUACAUUACAGCAUUAGUUACAUUUGUUACAUUUUUUCCCCCUCAUCAGUCUACACACAAUAUACCAUAACGACAAAGCAAAAAAAGGUUUUGAGAAUUUUUUGCAAAAUGUAUUAAAAAUAAAAAAACAGAAACCUUAUUUGCAUAAGUAUUAAGACUCUUUGCUAUGAGACUCGAAAUUGAGCUCAGGUGCAUCCUGUUUCCAUUGAUCAUUCUUCAUGUUUCUACAACUUGGUUAGAGUCCACCUGUGGUAAAUUCAACUGAUUAGACAUGAUUUGGAAAGGCACACACCGGUCUAUAUAAGGUCCCACAGUUGACAGUGCACAAAAACCAAGCCCUGAGGUCGAAGGAAUUGUCCGUAGAGCUCCGAGACAGGAUUGUGUCGAGGCACAGAUCAGGGGAAGGGAACCAAAAAAUGUCUGCAGCAUUGAAGGUCCCCAAGAACACAGUGGCCUCCAUCAUUCUUAAAUGGAAGAAGUUUGGAACCACCAAGAAUCUUCGUAGAGCUGUCCGCCUGGCCUAACUGAGCAAUUGGGGGAGAAGGGCCUUGGUCAGGGAGGUGACCAAGAACCUGAUGGUCACUCUGACAGAGCUCCAGAGUUCCUCGGUGGAGAUGGGAGAACCUUCCAGAAGGACAACCAUCUCUGCAGAACUCCACCAAUGAGGCCGGUAUAGUGAAGUGGCCAGACGUAAGCCACUCCUCAGUAAAAGGCACAUGACAGCCCACUUAGAGUUUGCCAAAAGGCUACUAAAGGACUCAGACCAUGAGAAACAAGAAGCUCUGGUCUGAUGAAUCUAAGAUUUGAACUUUUUGGCCUGAAUACCAAGCAUCACGUCUGGAGGAAACCUGGUACCAUCCGUACGGGGAAGCAUGGUGGUGGCAGCAUCAUGCUGUGUGGAUGUUUUUCAGCGGCAGGGACUGGGAGACUAGUCAGGAUCGAGGGAAAGAUGAAUGGAGCAAAGUACAGAGAGAUCCUUGAUGAAAACCUGCUCCAGAGCGCUCAGAAUCGCAGACUGGGGCGAAGAUUCACCUUCCAACAGGACAAUGACCCUAAGCACACAGCCAAGACAAUGCAGGAGUGGCUUUGGGACAAGUCUCUGAAUGUUCUUGAGUGGCCCAGCCAAAGCCCAGACUUUUACCCGAUCAAACAUCUCUGGAGAAAUCUGAAAAUAGCUGUGCAGCAAUGCUCCCCAUCCAACCUGACAGAGCUUGAGAGGAUCCACAGAGAAGAAUGGGAGAAACUUCCUAAAUACAGGUGUGCCAAAAUUCUAGCGUCAUACCAGAGAAAACUUGAAUCUGUAAGUACAAAGUACUGAGUAAAGGGUCUGAAUACUUAUGUAAAUGCUAUAUAUAUAUAAAUAUAUAUAUAUACACUGCUCAAAAAAAUAAAGGGAACACUUA